AGCUCAAACUAGGUGUCCUAACAGUUUGUUUACAUAAACAAAGUCAUAGUGUAUCGGUCUGCAACCGCUAGAGCACUUCAGUGACAACCGGGUGUCGCAACGAGCUGCCUUGGUAGGGGCGUGCACUUUCGAGACGUACUCAGAUUGCGCUUGACCAUAGCUCCGUGAGCCUACAAUAAAAACGAUUAGCUCAAUAUUUAUCGAAAAUAAAUACAUUAAAAAAAAUUGAAAAAAAAUUGUUGCAUUUUCUUAUUUUCAAAUAAGUGGCGUAUUGGAAACAUAAUAUUAUAGUUCUGAUUAAUGUUAAAUUAACAAUAUCCUGGAAAAAUGCAGUCAUUAAGUUUUUUAAUCAGCGUAAGUGCGUUAGUGGUGUGCUGCCUGCAUUUCACGAAGGGCGAUAAGGAAGUUGUCGAAAUCGAAAGAAUAUUUGCAGCAUGCAAGAAAUCUUCACCAGACUUUGAUGGGUGCAUAAAGAGAGCCUUCAAUAAGGUUCGACCUUAUUUUAAAAUUGGCAUACCAGAAAUGGGCGUGGCGCCCUUUGAUCCCCACUUCGCGCGUGAGAUCAAACAGACCCGUGCUAUCAAUGGAAUCGGAUACACACUCACGCUGAACAAUGUAUACGAAAGAGGAUGGUCGCAGUCUACAGUCACUAAAUACAAAACUGACUGGGAGAACCAGCGCAUAGUUUACUCACAAUACUUCCCAGAAAAAUGGCUCGAAGGUAACUACGAAUUCAAGGGUGACGCAUUCGGUCUAGGCGUCCUCCGGUCGGGUCACUGGAACAUGACGCUCCGGGACUACUCGCAAACGACGCGCAUCAAGCGUAACGGCGCUGGCGUCGAUGUGCACGUCGAAGUGGACCACAUCGGAGACAUGGAGAUACAUGUCGGCAACCUCGUCAGGGGGAACGGAAUACUUGAGCGCAUGCUGGACCGCUUGAUCAAUGCGACGUGGAAGCCAGGCUUCGCGGUCAUCAGGCCACUUAUCAACGACCUGGUCAGCACAGCCUUCACCGACAUCUGGAGCACGUCCUUCAAGGACUUCCCCAUCGAUAACUUUAUAAGAUGAAGUUCUUAGCUUUAAGUGUUGAAUUUUUAAGUGCCAGUUUGUAUAUAUGAACUUAUUUUUAGGAAUGGAAUAUUCAUCAUCAUCACCUUAUAUUAAGGGAUAUUAAUUUUAGUCAUACUUUACAAAAUCAAUUGGGUUCAUCGUUAAUUUGUUUAAGGCAGACAAUAAACUAGUCAUAUAUUUUCA